AUGCUUGGAACCCAGCCCUCGAUAGCGACUGCUCAGGACUCCGAGUUUGGCUGGACCACGACUGACGCACCACCUGAUAUACCUACAUUCACAGGUAAUUAUACCUUUACACCACUCCCGGAAGUUAACUCCACCUUCGUAGCCGAGCCCAUACAGACGGGGAUUAUCGGCGGUUGCCUGGCUUUCUAUCAAGCUCAGAGUGGUGAUACCUGCCGCAACAUCGUAGACGGCCACUAUUUGACUGAGGAGGACUUCAUGGCGAUGAAUCCAGCUCUUAAUGGAAAUUGCGACGGUCUCUGGACUGGAUACUACUACUGUGUCGUCGGGCCUAGCGGUAUCACUGCUAUGCCCCCUACCGCCACGUCGCCGCCGGCUACAAUUCCAUCUGGUCAAACUGGCGAUUGUCUUCAUUGGUACCAGCGCGAUGGAGAGUCCUGUACCGAUAUCGUCACCAUGUUUGGUAUCUUCUCCCUAUCCGACUUUCUAGCAUGGAACCCCAGUCUUGGGGGAGAGUCAUGCGGAGGUAUCGUUGAUGGUGCUUGUACCGAUACCUGCGACUCUAUAAUUUCGGCGAAUGGCCUAACCCCUGAUUUAUUUUACCAGUGGAAUCCAGCAGUCGGAUCAGGGACUUGCGACAACCUAGCACCGGAUUUCUAUGUCUGCGUCGCGGUAGGCGAUUCCGCUUCGUUGCCUCCAAGUACGACAAGUUCGUCGCCAACUAGCACUAUUGCCUCAGCCAUCACCACACCAACCCCAGUCCAGGCGGGUAUGGUAUCCGGUUGUAGGAGGUUUUACAAGGCGCAGACGGGCGACGGAUGCUGGGCCAUUGCUAAUUCGGCGGGAAUUAGUCUUGACGACUUUUACGCUUGGAACCCAGCGUUGGGAACAGACUGCGGGGGUCUUUGGCUUGAUAAUUGGUAUUGUAUCGGAAUUGCAGGGCCUGUAACAACUAUUUCCAGUGGGCCACCAGUACCAACGUCGUAA